AUUCAACGUAUCGUUCGCCUCGGCUCUUCGACAAUUUUCCCACCCGUACCGAACAUUUACGCGCCUCUCUCUGGUCGUCUCGUGCCGUUCGGUUCGCGUCGUGUUUCGUACGUACGCCCUCGCCUCGUCUCGCCUCGCCUCGCCACGCUUGGAGCUUCGUGUUUCGCAAGAUACGAGCGUAUUGUAAUAUCAUCAUCAUCGUCGUCGCUGUGCACGCGUGUGUGUGCGUGCGUGUGUGUGUGUGUGCCGAAGGCGUUUUCGUCGUCAUCAAAUCCAUAACGUCAUUUCGUUUGUUGCCGCUCAAACGGUGAGUGGAGGCGUCCGUGAGUCGAUUCGAGCCACCAAGUCGUGUGCGUGUACUUCUGUCCAUCACUGUAGCCAUCUCGAGCGCGUGCAAAAGAAAAGAAAAAGCCCUUUCCGUAACGGAACCUCGAAAGCAAACGUCAAGAGAAAAUAAAACCUGGGAUUACAGCGCAAAUAAGAAAGGAAGGAAGGAAGGAAGGAAGCCCAACAAACAUCAUGUCACGGAUCGUUUUUGUAUUAUUCGCGGCCAUCUUAACAGAUGCGCUCACCGCCGGCCAAGUGAAUGUGGAGCCCAACACCGCACUGCUGAACGAGGGCGAUCGCACAGAGCUGCUCUGCCGCUACGGACGGACCAUCAACUACUGCCGCAUCGAGAUACCCGGCGAACAGAAGGUCCUCAAUCUCUCGCCGGAAUGGAGCAAGACCCCGGGAUUCACCUACUACGGCGCUGGCCUGCAGGCCGGCCAGUGCGGUGUCACCAUCGAGAGGGUCAAGGCCAGCAACAACGGCCAGGUCAAGUGCAGUCUGGGCGUCGAGGGGGAGGAGCUGUCGGGCACCAUUGAUCUGGUGGUGGCAUUGCGUCCCCAGCAGCCCAUAAUCGAACUGCUCUCCAAGCCCAAUCGCGAGGGCUACUUUGCCGAGGGAACCCAGUUCAGUGCCCGUUGCAGCGUCCGCGACGGUCGCCCGCCCGCAAACAUCUCCUGGUACAUUGACAACAUGCCGGCCAACAAGCGGACGAGCCAGCUGGAGAUCAUCUCGACGCCGACCAACGACAAUGUGGAGCUGUCCACCUCCGUGCAGGAGAUCCAAUGGCACUUGUCGCCCGAGGAUAGCAACAGGAAGCUCGUCUGCCGUUCGCAUCAUCAGACAGAUCGCGAGACAGUGCCACCGCAGGAGGCGGCCUACAUCAUCAAUGUGCGAUAUGCACCCGUUCAUCAGCCAGAGGCCUCUGUGUAUGGAUUGUAUUUGGAUCACACUGCCAUUGUUAACAUCACAAUCCGGGCCAGUCCCUUGCCAAGGAUUGAGUGGACCAUCGAGGGAUUGGUGGUGUCGCAGGGCCGCACCGAGGGCCGCUACUCGGCGUACGAGCCACAGUAUCUGGGCAACGAUGAGUACAAUGUAACGCUGGCCAUCGCCGGACUGACGCUGGAGGAUACGACCAAAAUCUACAAUCUGCGUGCCACCAACGAGCUCGGUCUGACGGACUACCAAGUGCGCAUCAGUUCCUCGAGCAAGCCGCCCAGCAAUAGCCUGGACGUGGCCGCCAUUGUGGGCAUCGUUGUGGCCGUCGCUGUACUGGUUCUGGUCGUACUCCUCCUCCUGUUUGCCCGUGCCACAGGCAGAUGGUGCUUUGGCGGUAAAUCAAUCAAGACGCCCACAAACGAAACCGACGGGCAGAACGACAAGCAGCUCGAGCUGGGAGGUGGCCAAAACCAUGGCCAGAAUGUGGCCCUCCUAGAGACGCCCAACGGCAUCACCCUGCUGGGGGCCAGCAAACUCAAAGAAGCCAACGGCAAUGGGAAUGGGAAUGGCAUUCCCCUGGAGCGUAUGUCCGUGGAGAGGCGUCACACGAAUGAUGAGGAUGAUUCCUUCGAGUAUGCCACCGAUCGCGAGAGCAGCGUCUAUAAUCCCACAACCCGACCACUGCGCAGUGUCCUGAUGAGCCAGGCAGGCGGCCGUAAUUCCCGCAGCUCGGCCAGCUCCGAGACAGAGCCACUGGCCACCGAAAACUCCGAUCUCCUGCAGAAGGCCAACCAAUUGGGCAUUCCCGAGUCGCGUUUCGCUCGCUGGCUGCCAAAGGAUAAGCGAGAGCUGCUCGAAAAGCAGGCUAUGCUGCUGUCGGGACACGGCAAGGCAACGGCGACGGCGCCACCAGCCACACCACCAAAGCCACAAAAGAAAGUGCCUGCAACAGCAACACCAACAGAGACGGCAACGACGACAAUGGCGACGCCAAAGCUGCCACAGGAAACGGAAAUCUGAGAAUGCAACGAUUGUGUGUGUGUGUGCGUGUGUGUGCGUCAUUGUGUGUCAUAUUUAUUUAUUUGCUACUGCUUUGAGGCACAGGAAAUGCGGUUGCAGGAUUAGGGACUGGACCAGUUUUGUAGCAGUGUCAGCAGGGAUGCCCCUCAGAGACCAACCCAAAAACCCCUACGAAUCCUGAAUUUGAUAGAUCAAAGAUCACAGCUCUGUCUAUCUUUGGCUGCUAUGAAAUACCUAGAAAUCUGCUCUAAA